AUGAACAAGAAGUGUGAGUCGAGGUUUUUCGAUGAGACGACCAUUUUUUGCGGUCUUAUAUAUUGGUCUCUCACUGUCAAGGUUAAAAUUCGAAGCUCUCGAGUUGCGGGUUUCAUGAAGCUUAUGAAGCCACGCGCGGGUAAAAAGCCGGGCUUCGGUAUCGGUAAUCCUUGUAAAGAUUUGAUGGUACCGCAAUCACUAAGCGGAGCAGUUGAUCUUCACGAGAUUGAAAGGAGAAAUGUUAAAAUUCGUCAAUAG